CCCAGAUUUCAGCCAGCCCCCUGAAGCCAAUUGCUGGCAGCCAUGCGCUCGCGCGCGCUUCGCCUUCAGGCGCUAGGCCUGCUGUUGGGGCUCGGCCUGCUCCCAGCGCCGCGAGAGGGCUUCUGCGAGACGCAGGUCCGGCGGCGCCUGCUGCUGGCGGCCCCUCUGCUGCUUGCCGCAGAUGGGAGGCCUGCGCGGGCGCAGGAAGGGCCGGAGCUCCGGCGGGCACAGUAUCGCGGCCAGGCCGGAGCGGUGCGCGAGGGCGCGGAGUGGUACCGGUUCCGCGUGGGAGACCUCGUGAGAAGGGCCUCCGGCGAGACGGCGGAGGACGGCUUGAAGGUCACCGAUGAGGCCUGCGGGGUCGGGCUUUGCAUGGCCGGCAAGGCGCUGUCGGACCUUGAGCGCACUGUGUCAGGAGGCGGGAGCCGGCAGGGCGGCCUCUCGCAAGUGGAGCGCGCGCUCAUCACGCCGAUGUUUCUGAUGGUCGGCGGCGAUGUCUGGGAUCCAGAUUCCAACUACAUCGAAGAGGGCCGGAAGAAAAUAGAUGCUUUCCAGAAGACCAUCACGGAGAUGGGCAACAUGUUGAAGGACAAGAAGGACCCGGUGGUUGCCAGCAAGCUUUACAGGCGCAGCUUAGAACAGCUGAACGCCUUCUUCGGCCUCGCGAAUGAGGCGGGCGCCGCCGGAACGCAGGAUGUCGAGUACCUUCCGCAGCUGCCGCUCAAUGACGAUGAGCUGGAAAAGAGCGAGUACUGGAUCGCCGAGCGCCAGGUCUUCGAUGAGCUGAACGACCCCGUGCGGGUCUUCUCUGAGCGGAACGCCUUCGGCUCGCGGGAGCUGCGCUACAACUUGAAGCGCUUCCCGGGCGCCACGCUGCUGCUGCGGUGAGAGUUGUCUCGCCUGGUCCGAAGGCGAAUGGUCUCCGACUCGCACGAGGUGCUCCCUGAUGAUUCGGCCACUGAAGUGCUGAAGAAUCCGGGAAAGUGUCAAAGCCAGGCACUCCUCAAUAUGGGUUCCUGUUGCUCUCCAUUUGACACGACCCCCCAA